CCGUUCAGCAUACUCAUUCCAUCUCUCGAGUCGUACACACAGCUUGGUACGCACAGAGCCCUCUCUCUCUUAUCAUCACAAUGGCUGUCACCGGUAGCAAGAAGACUUCCUCCUCCUUCUUCAGCGUCCACAGCUUGAAGAAGGCCAUCAAGAAACUGGUCAAGAAGACCCGUUCGCUCAAGGAGGACAACAAGAAGGUCCCCGAGAAGGAAGCGGCACAGACAGAGAACGUCAGCGUCAUCUGCCGCGUCGAUUUCGACGCCGAGAUCGAGGACAACCUCGCCAACGAAGCACUCGAGGCCCGCCUCCUGCAGAUCAUCGAGGCUUCCCCCGCCACGCUGGACCUCUCCCUCAACCUGAAGGGCACCAUGAUGGUCAAGGCCGAGCCCGAAUUCGAGGUGCAGUUCGGGACUUUCUGGACGACAAACGACGACGAUAACUGGAGUCUAUGCAAGGAGCUCUUCGCGGCACCACAGCGCCCCGUCAAGGCUUGAGAACGAGACCUUCUGAUGCAACGCACCCACCUGAAUUCCUGUGAUGUGUACGCCCUUCUGCUGACCCCGGGGGGCGUCGAAUUGUGUCGUUUUUGUGAUAAGCAAGUGCCAGCAGUAGCCUACGGUAGUUCCCCCUCAAGCCUCGAGGACGACCUACUUGAAGUUCUUAGAGCCUCGAUCGACGCUCUUUUGUUAUUUUCUGUGAUGCCCUGGGAGGACUUCCCUGGCCCCACCCCCCACCCCUGACUGACAGCAGUAGCGGAUGGGCUGUCUGUGAUAAAUGGAGUUCAUGGCUCCAAUGAAUCUGUGAUAUACUCAUAUAGACAACAUUUCUAUUUAUUUUUCUGACAAAUAAAAACAAAUUUGAAUUUAA